AAUUCAAUCUCCGCCGCGAUGGCCACCUCGCUCAAGUACAGCGCCAACGUCGAGGUGCAGGCCAAGAACUGGCUCGGGCUCACGACGUGGAAGUUCCAGAACUGGGCGCUCGACGGCAGCUCGCUCACGAUUGCCCAUGCGAGCUGCCUCAAGCGCGACGCCGACAGCACCGUCAAGUACACGGUCGUGCGCGGCGGUGCGUGGAGCGGCCAGCAGUUUGGCCUCCGCGUGCAGACAAUCGAGAACGGCGAAAUCUUUGCCUGUGCGACCUCCAAGACAGCGUGGGCGAUGUGGCUCAACGCGUUCUUCGCCCUCGACGCCAAGCACAAGCUGCAGACGUCGCGCGACUCGACGACGUCAACGACCGAUACGCAAGCUAGCGACGACGAACGCUCCAUUACCGACUCGCCACCGCGCCUGACCAAGAAGGUCUCGUUCAGCGGCGACGUCCGCGUGCGCAUGAUCGAGCCGCGGCAACCGACUGAGCCCGAGCUGAACGCAAAGUUUGCUCUCCAAGCCGCCAUCUUUAGCUGCUGAUCGGCGACGCAGCUGCCGCGUGUGGCGUCACCCGUGCCACGUAUAUAUUAUUUGAUGUGUGAAUGUAGCAUAGUAGACGCAAGUGCUGUUGUAAAUUAAAUUGAAGAAACGUCGCAACCCA